CGCAGUAACGUUUAGGAUUGCUUGUAAUUUCAUAGUGUAUCUACUCAUUGCAAGUGUAUCGACAAUAGAGGAAUAACAUAAAAAUGAAGCAUUUAUAUCACAUAUUUAUCAGUUUAUUUUUAAGAAUGACUGCUUCUUCCAAGGAUAUCAAAGAUCUAUCUCCACUCGAACUGAUUGAACUUGGACGGGAUGUUUCCCAACUUGGGGGCUACAAUUUCCAGACUGAAGACGUCAAAUUCUUUCUUAUCACGCACGAAAUACCUCAACCUGUACGGAUAACUUCGGAGAAUCGGAAUCUAUUAAACAUUUCCAAAACUACAAAGUUUGUGAUUCAUGGAUGGUUAGAAAGUCACAAGAGAUCUUGGUAUAAAAACAUUUCCCGAGAAUAUUUGAAACAAGCUGAUAUGAACUUCGUGGAAAUUGAUUGGGAAAAACCAGCACGAAUACCAUAUCCAGCAUCGGCAAGAGCCACGAGGUCAGUUGGGAUGGAAGUGGCUAAGUUCAUCAUCGACACAAACCUGUCCCCAGAAAACAUCCAUCUGAUAGGGCACUCUCUGGGCAGUCAUGUGGCCGGAUUUGCAGGUAAAACUGUAUUCGAAAAAACAGGAGAGAAAUUGCAAAGAAUCAGCGGUUUGGAUCCUGCUGGACCAUUUUUCAGAGACCCUUCAAUCAGCGCAAACGAUAGACUGGAUAAAACUGAUGCCGUUAUUGUCGAUGUCAUACAUACUGACGCAGGUUUCUACGGGUACGAGAAGUCGUUGGGAACACUUGAUAUUUACGUAAACGGUGGCAUGAGAAUCCAACCUGGUUGUUUAAACGACCCCAUCCCUUCUUCCCUAGGAGAUUUUUUGGAAAAAUCACUUUGCAGUCACACCAGGAGUUACAAGUACUUUAUCGAAUGGAUAAAUUCUGGAAAUUUCCAUUGCAAGUUCUGCGAAGCUCUUUUGGUUUACAAUUUUCCGUCGGAACGUUGCGUUCGACACAAAAAUUUAAUAAUUGCCGAAAAAGAUGUCGGUCCGUCACUAACAGGAAUUUGUUUCGCCAAAACUAAUAGCGAUAAGCCCUAUUUAGCGUAAAUGUUUCGAUAUAAAAGUUUGUGCAAAUUAAAGAUGUCGAUACGUUUCAA